AUGAUCCGUCUCUUUGGUAAUGGUGCAUUUGAUGACAUUAUGAACGAAUUACCAAAUUUUCAUUCAUUGGGUAUUAAUGCUAUAUGGAUAAGCCUAGUCCAUCAACAAGUUCAAGUACCAGCGGAUGAAUUUGGAGAGAAUAAUCACGGUUAUUGGCCUAAAUCACGUAUUUCAAUUGAUAAAAACUUAGGUAGUAAAGAAAGUUUUUGUUUACUUAUACAGAAAGCUCGUGAUUUUAACAUAAAAAUUUGUGUGGAUAUUAUACUAAAUCAUUUUGGUUAUGAUAACAUAUUUCUGAUCGACGAUCAAUACAUUCAUAUUACAAAUAGUGAGUAUUUUCGUCAACAAUCGGAAAUAUCAUCCGUAACAACACAGAGUGAAUGUGAACUAUUGAAAAAAAAUCGACUGUGA